UCACUGUGACAGUAACUAGACGAUCUUUGUCCGGUGUAGCCGUGUCGGCCAGCAGCGGAGAGCGAACCGGAGAACCGGACACCCGCAGCGGCAGGAUGGGCAAAAAACAGAAGAAAUCCGGAGAGGACAGUGCCAAAGAUGACAGCAUCGACAUCGACGCUCUGGCGGCGGAGAUCGAAGGAGCCGGAGCCUCCAAGGAGCCGAAAGGGAAGAAGAAGAAGAAAGGAGCCAAGAAGGACGACUUCGAUGAGGACGACAUCCUGAAGGAGCUGGAGGAGUUGUCUCUGGAGGCUCAGGGAGGCAAAGCGAAGAAAACAGACGCCGCCGAGGACGAGGAGGUGGUCGAGCCUCCCAAACCCGAGAAGAAGAAGACCAGGAAGGGGAAGAAGGGAGGAGGAGCCAGCCCCGAGGAGGAGGAGGAGGAGGAGGGUGACGACGGCGAAGGUGAAGGUCAGGACGAUGACGAGAGGAACGGAAAGCAGAAAGACAAGAAGAAGGCUCCUCCUGCUGCUCCUCCCUCCGACUCCGACGAGGAGAGCACCUCCCGCUCUCGCCUCAAGACCAAAGGAGCAAAGAAAGGAGGCAAAAAAACAUCAGGCUCCAACGACGACGACGACCAGGACGAGGAUGAAGGCGUGAGGAGAGGAGGAGGAGGAGGAGGAGGAGGAGGAGGAGGAGGGAAGGAGGACGAGUCAGACGAGGAGGAGGAGGAGGAGUUCACCUCCAGGCGAGACAGGAAGAAGAAGAACAAAGGCAAGGCGGCGAAGGCGGAGAGCGAGGACGAGGAGGAUCAGCAGGAGGAGGACGGCGGCGGCUUCAAGAUGAAGACGGCGGCGCAGAAGAAGGCGGAGAAGAAGGAGAGAGACAGGAAGAAGAAGGAGGAGGAGAGGCUGAGGCAGAAGAAGAUGAAGGAGAAGGACGCCAGCGUGGAGGUCAAGAAAGAGCCGGAGAAGACGACAGCAGAGGCCACGCCCCCUCAGCCGGCGCCAGCAGCAGCAGCAGCGGCGGCGGCAGCGGCGGUGGACGAACAGGAAGGGGCGGAGCCAGCAGCAGAGGAGGAGGCCGAGGGCGACAAGAAGAAGAAAGACAAGAAGAAGAAGAAGGGAGAGAAGGAGGAGAAGGAGAAGAAGAAGGGACCCAGCAAGGCCACGGUGAAGGCCAUGCAGGAAGCUCUGGCCAAGAUGAAGGAGGAGGAAGAGCGAGCCAAGAGGGAGGAAGAGGAGCGGCUGAAGAGGCUGGAGGAGAUGGAGAAGCAGAGGCUGGAGCAGGAGCGACUGGAGCAGGAGCGAAAGGAGAAGAAGAAGCAGAAGGAGAAGGAGAGGAAGGAGCGUCUGAAGAAGGAGGGGAAGCUGCUCACUAAAGCCCAGAGGGAGGCUCGAGCUCGGGCCGAGGCCACGCUGAAGCUGCUGCAGGCUCAGGGUGUUGAGGUGCCAUCCAAAGACUCGAUGCCAAAGAAGAAGCCGGUUUACGGAGACAAGAGGAAGAAGAAGCCCAACGCCCAAACUCCUGAAGAAACGUCAGAGGUGACGUCGCCCAUGUCGGAGACUCCAGAGCCCGUUGCCAUGGAGACGGAGGCAGAGACGCCGGCCGCAGAGCCAGAGGCGAAGCCAGAUGUUGCCGUGGACGACUGGGAGGCCAUCGCCAGCGACGAGGAGAAAGAGUUGAAGAAAGUCCACAUCGAGGUGAAGGAGGAGCCCGCCGCGCCGCCUCAGCCCGCCGGCAGCGAGGAGGAGGAGGAAGAGGAGGAGGACGACGAGGAUGAUGAGGAGGAAGACGAGGAGGAGGAGGAAAGCGAGGAGGGCGAGGAGGACGAGAAGGAGGCCAAGGAGGUGGCGGCGGCUGGUCCGGGGAAGAGGAGGCCGGCGAGCGAGGACGAGAGCAGCGAGAGCGAGGAAGACGACGGGCGGACGAAGGAGGAGCGGCUGUACGACCGAGCCAAGAGGAGGAUAGAGAAACGGAGAGCAGAGAACCUGAAGAACAUCGACCUGGACACACUGAGAGCGCCGGUGGUGUGUGUGCUCGGACACGUCGACACGGGAAAGACCAAGAUCCUCGACAAGUUGCGACACACACAUGUUCAGGACGGCGAGGCCGGAGGAAUCACGCAGCAGAUCGGAGCCACAAACGUCCCCAAAGAGACGAUCGAGGAGCAGACCAGGAUGGUGAAAAACUUUGACAAAGAAUCCAUCAAGAUCCCCGGCAUGUUGAUCAUCGACACACCAGGACACGAGUCCUUCAGUAACCUGAGGAACAGAGGCAGCUCUCUGUGUGACAUCGCCAUCCUGGUGGUCGACAUCAUGCACGGUCUGGAGCCUCAGACGCUGGAGUCCAUCAACCUGCUGAAGGAGAAGAAGUGUCCGUUCAUCGUCGCCCUCAACAAGAUCGACCGUCUGUACGACUGGAAGAAGAGUCCGGAGACGGACGUCGUGGCGACGCUGAAGAAGCAGAAGAAGAACACCAAGGACGAGUUCGACGAGAGAGCCAAAGCCGUCAUCGUGGAGUUCGCUCAGCAGGGUCUGAACGCCGCCUUGUUCUACGAGAACAAAGACCCGCGGACGUUCGUGUCGUUGGUUCCCACCUCGGCCCACAGCGGCGACGGGAUGGGGAACCUCAUCGCGCUGCUGAUCGAGCUCACUCAGUCCAUGCUGGCUCGCCGGCUCGCUCACUGCGACGAGCUGCGGGCUCAAGUCAUGGAGGUCAAAGCGCUGCCGGGGAUGGGAACCACGAUAGACGUCAUUCUGAUUAACGGGCGUCUGCGGGAGGGAGAGACCAUCAUCGUGCCCGGCGUGGAAGGACCAAUCGUAACGCAGAUCAGAGGGCUGCUGCUGCCGCCGCCGCUGAAGGAGCUCAGAGUCAAGAACCAGUACGAGAAGCACAAAGAGGUGUCGACGGCUCAGGGUGUGAAGAUUCUGGGUAAAGACCUGGAGAAGACGUUGGCGGGGCUCCCUCUGCUGGUGGCUCACAAGGAGGACGAGGUCCCCGUCCUGAGGGAUGAACUGGUGCGAGAGCUCAAACAGACUCUGAGCUCCAUCAAACUGGAGGAGAAGGGAGUUUACGUCCAGGCGUCGACGCUGGGAUCACUGGAGGCUCUACUGGAGUUCCUCCGGACCUCCAAAGUCCCCUACGCUGGUAUCAACAUCGGUCCCGUUCAUAAGAAGGAUGUGAUGAAGGCGUCAACCAUGCUGGAGCACGACAUGCAGUACGCGGUGAUCCUGGCGUUCGACGUGAAGGUGGAGAGGGAGAGUCAGGAGAUGGCCGACAGUCUGGGUGUUCGCAUCUUCUCGGCUGAAAUCAUCUACCAUCUGUUCGACGCCUUCACCAAGUACAGAGAGGACUACAAGAAGGCCAAACAAGACGAGUUCAAGCACGUGGCGGUGUUCCCCGUGAAGCUCCGCGUUCUUCCUCAGUUCAUCUUCAACUCCAGAGAUCCCAUCGUGAUCGGCGUGAACGUGGACGCCGGCGUCCUGCGACAGGGAACGCCACUCUGCGUCCCCAGCAAAGGGUUCGUGGACAUCGGCGUGGUCACCAGUAUCGAGGUGAACCAUAAGUCAGUGGAGAGCGCCAAGAAAGGCCAGGAGAUCUGCAUCAAGAUCGAGCCCAUUCCUGGAGAGUCGCCCAAGAUGUACGGCCGCCAUUUUGAAGCCACUGACAUCAUCGUCAGCAAGAUCACGCGGGCGUCCAUCGACGCGCUGAAGAACUGGUUCAGAGACGAGAUGCAGAAGUCUGACUGGCAGCUGAUCAUGGAGCUGAAGAAAACCUUCGAGAUCAUCUGAGGGAGUCGAACACGCACGACGACGACGACGACGAGGAGACGGCAAAACGGAGGGACAAAAAAAAUAUUAAAAAAAACAAAAAAAAAACAACAACAACCGACAAAAACCGAAUAGACGUGAAAGUGUUUUUCUGUGAGAAACGAACAGUUUUUUCCACUGUUGUAAACAGUGAUAGUUUAGACCACAUUUCACACACACACACACACACACACACACACACACACACACACACACACUCAGUAUUCCAACGUGCCUGUUCUUCAGCUACAACGUUGUGUUACUACUCUUUCUUGUUCUCUGCUCUGAUUUGUGGCUGCUGCUGCUUUGUGUCUCCCUCCUUCCCCCCCACCUCCACACCCAGACUGAGGCUAACGAGCUUAACGAGGCCGACCAGUCCCUACAAGGCCAGUCUUGAGCCCGCCGAGGUGCAUUGUGGGAUUAUAUUGAACAGCACCGAUUCUGGAGGGGAAGAGUUUGUUGUUUUUUUUAAAAUUUCUUUUCACAAAACACCAAAUCAUUGAGGCAGCAGUGGCGACGGUCGACUUUAAAAGACUUUGAGGAGUUGACUCAGCGUUGAUGGUUUUUUGCUGUGCGGUUUGUCGGCCAUGUUGGAGGUGGCACGGCGAGAGGGGAGGGGUGGAAUGACAGAGGAUGGUCACCUCUGAAAUUUUAAACUCUGUUUUUGCUGCAAAUGCUGAUGUAAUAAAUUCCCAUGAUUCUGAUGAAACGUGAA